AUGUCGCCCUCCUUCAGAUCCCGCGCCUCCAAGCGCGGCCUGAGGGCAAGGUACGAGCUAAACCCAGGCUACAACCCGAACAUUGAAAAACUUCGAAUCAAAGAAUACCCCCAGUUGAAAGACCAAACCUACCUCGAUCACAGUGGCACAACCCUCUACGCAGAAUCCCUCCUGACCACCAUCUCAGCAGACCUCCGUGAGAACCUGUACGGCAACCCCCACUCGGAGAACCCCAGCUCCAAGCUCUCGGCGAGAAAAGUGACGGCCGUAAGGCUGAAAGUGCUAGCGCUCUUCAAGGCCGACCCGGCCAAGUACGAUGUGAUCUUCUGCGCCAACACCACCGCGGGGGUGAAGCUGGUGGCCGACUCGUUCACCGGACAUGGGCAGGAUGGGGGGAAGGGGAAGGGGAACUUCAAGUACAGGUUUCAUAAGGACUGCCAUACGAGCUUGAUCGGGCCGCGGGGGAUGGCGGGGUCCGCAGAGUGCUUUUGGGGAGACGAGGAGGUCGAGGCUUGGUUGGACUCUCCGGAGGAGGAUGAGGAAGAAGGAGAGGAAGAAGGCAGUCUGGGCCUGUUUGCAUGGCCGGGCCAGUCAAACUUCUCCGGUCGCCGCCUGCCCAUCCAUGCUUGGUCAUCCAAGCUCCGCGAGACGCGGGGAGGACGGUACUACUCGCUCUUCGAUGCUGCAGCGCUGGUGAUGACCUCGCCGCUCGACCUCUCGGACGCGGAUGCCUCACCAGACUUCAUCGUGUGCAGCUUCUACAAGAUGUUCGGCUACCCCGACCUCGGGGCGCUCAUCGUGCGGCGGGAGUCGGCGGGCGUGCUACAGCACAGACGCUACUUUGGCGGCGGCACCGUCGGGCAAUUGAUGGCGUCGAUGGACCACGUGAAGCGGAUGUACCACAAGGACCCACACGAACAUCUCGAGGACGGCACGUGCGCCUUCCACAGUAUCAUCGCGCUCGGGCACGCCAUCGACACGCACAAGAGGCUAUACGAAUCGUUCGAGAGGAUAUCCGCGCACACUGCGUCCCUCGCGGCCAUGCUGGCCGGCAUGCUGGCGGAACUCACGCACCGCAGCACGGGCCGGAAGCUUGUGGAGAUAUACACCGAGGAGAAGUACGGCGACCCGAAGCGGCAGGGACCCGUGGUCACCUUCAAUCUCUGCGACUCCCGCGGCGAGCCCAUCAGUUACCUAGCCGUGGAGGCCGCCGCCAGCGCGAGGAAUAUACACGUGCGCUCCGGCGGACACUGCAAUCCUGGCGGCGUGCAGCAGUACUGUCGCCUCAGCAAGGAGAAAAUGAUGAGCUUCUUCCACUCGGGGAAGAUGUGCGGGGACAACCGGGACGUGAUUGACGGGAAGCACGUCGGGGCCCUCAGGGCUUCGCUAGGUGCCAUGUCCACGCUCGAGGAUGUGGUCACCUUCGUCGACUUUGUGCGUGAGGAGUACGUUAGCAAGCCACUUUCGCUCGAGGAGAAGCGCCGCAUCCUGCUGCAGGAAAGGAAGAAGGACGUCGAGGAGGUCAAGCGCGUUAUGAAGAAGUAUGGCACUGUGUUCUCCAGCAGCCGCACUGGGAAGACGCUUCUGUGCUUCUGGACGGAUUCUGUCAAUUUGGAUGAGGCGUUGCCCAUGAAUACGAGGCUGGCUUCUAAUUCUCUGAGCGUAUCCUAA